AUGCCGCGAUCACGGCCGGCAGACGCAAAGGUAGCUUUCCCCCUUCUUCUUGUUUGCUCCUUACGUCCAGCGGUCGUCCCGGGUCUCGAGGGCCUUUACUCGAGUGUAAUUGCUACCAGCAACGAGGCAGUUUUGGCAUUCGCGCCGUGCCAAGUCUACGGAUUGUGGCCUCGGCUUCUGCCGCUCCCCGGAUCUACCCAAGCAUCUUCAGUCCUCCAUAUUCGCCUUUCUGCCCUGCCUGUCUCAUGUGACAGCGUGGAAAGUGGACGUGCCGCUUUUUGUUUCGUCGCCACUAGCAGGGCGACGGAGGCCGGGCGGGAAGGCAACGACCAGCCGAUGCCUGCCACAGGGAGCUCAAGCAUGGAGAGCCGUGGAGAGACUAAAGAAGGGCUUCUGGGAGGAAGCGCGAAGUUGCGCUCUUCAACACGGGGACGAAGGAACGAAGCAGAGCACACCACGUGGCAGGAGUCUCUCUCUGCCCCAGAAACGCACAUAUCACCCUCUCGGUGUGCAAACAAUCUUGAGGGGCACGCAGUCCUUGUGCAUUUCCGCCCGGUGGGCGGAUUCGCAGGAGAACUGCGACAAUGGUUGUCGCCUCCACCCGCCAACCGUUUAGGCGAUUCUUGUGCGUAUCGGUGCGGCUUUCGGGAUGGGCUACCCGCCAUUAUCGCACCGGGAGAGGUAAUGUACCGCACAGGAGCCCCCGAUGUAGUCUGUGAGUGUCCUCCCCUUCCCGGUCAAGGGUUAUUGGCGCUGCCCUCGCGUGCCGGCAGACCACGCGCGUGCGACGGGCGGGAGUCUAGCAGCGCCUCAACCUGUUCGUCUUCGUCAAAGAGUGUUGACAACUUACCGCACCGUUCCUUCUUUGAACCUGAGAGCCCGGAAGAAGAGCAAGAGACCAGAGCGUUGUACGCCACCAAGAAAGCGUUUGACAACAGCGCCCACCAUAUCUUCCCCUACCAUGUCGAGGUGUCUAUUGACGGCGGCUGCUGCUGGAGCAUGGCAGAGCAAGACGUACCCAGAGCAGUAGUCCUGUUCGCCAACUUUCCGCGGCGAGUGACGCAUGUGACCCCGAACAACAUCUCAGUUGACGGGGGUGUUUCACUCAGGAUUUUCCUCGACUAUCUCCCGCCUGGUGCUCCAGAAGACGAGCUCGUCGUCAGGUUUACCUGCGUCCGGCGCGGAGGCGCUAGCGCCAUUUCAAGUCAGUCCGCCCGGGCGCUGGCAAACCCGGCGCUCUUCCCCACGGUUUUGAGCCAAUCUCCUCCAUCGCGAGCCUUGAGCUGUACGCUUCCUGGGAGUUGCCACUCGUUGUUGCACCGCGCAUUGAGUUCCCAUGACGAUGACCGGGCGGCCUCUCUUGCCGGUCGCCCCACGCCGCACGCAGACGCCACCAGCUUUGGAGCUGCCUCUGCAGCUGCUGCUUGCCGCAAAUGGGCUUGCCACACAGACGUCGGGCGUGCUGGUAGAAGGCUGCCUCGGUGCGCAAGCGAGUCCUGCCUCGACUGGUACACGAAGAGCGCGCAGGAAGGCGAUACAACUGAAGCGCAAGGCAGGGAGGAGGAGCUUUCGUACUCUAUCUUCGUCCCAGCGAGAAUUGUGAUUGCCCCCAGCAGAGCUGAUGAGGCAACCAGCCCGCUGGUAGAGGACUCAGCGGAAAAAGGCAAACCCACACUCGCCGUGCAGUGUCUCUCUCCCGCUCUCGAUGAAACAGUCCUCAACGAAUUCGAUACUUUCGUCGACGUAGGGCUGAACGGCGUGCAUUUUACCGAGAGCCCACAGCGACUCCACGUCGUCGACGUGCAAAUCCUAGGCAUAUACCCCGAUGUGGGUUCGAGUGUCAGAGAGACGCUGGUGCAUAUCCAGGCGAACGACUGCUUCGAAUCGGAGGAUGCCGUCGUCCUCCUUCGGUUCCCUGACGCCACGGAACAGGUUCUGCCAGCGCAUGUCGAUGUUGAGUCUCACCGAAUCAGCUUCGUGAUGCCACCUGCGAUAACGGCGCCGGCGCGCGUUCUGGCUGAACAAGAGGGAGCAGGUGCCUCAGGACAAGUCGUGGACGCGGCGACGCGCUCUCCUAGAGACGACUCACAAUGGAACGGCAAUAUGAAAGGACAGUUACACCCCACAAGUUACGAAUCCAGUGAUGGUGUUCGUGAUGUAGACGAAACGCCACCUGGUGAAGACAGCGUAGAGUCUUUCGGUCGGCCCCCUCCCGCUGGACAUGUCUCAGUGUUUCUCUCCUUCAACGGUCAAGUGUUCAGUCGAAGCGCGGCUCGGUUUACGCACUACUGCGAAGACGUUUUUACUGCGAAUGCAGUGGCGUACACGGUGUCUGAAAAUGGAGAUCAUUUCGAAGCAGAGCUUGACACCGUCCUCGCCCCGCAAACUCGAGUGGUCGUCUCGCUCCCCUUCGCCGUUGCAAGCAAUAGUGCGCAAGCUCGUCUGACGGUUCUUCGGGCGUGCUGUCCUUCGGCAUCCGAGUUUUUGAGGCGUUUGAACGAUGAUGCGGCUCCUUCGUCACCCGCAGGAGGGGCUGCGACCGCCGACGGAGACCGACUUGCGCUCUCUUCCACGGGAGCCACGAAUGAUGUCGACACUCUGAGCGAAGAAGCCAUAGACCGAGUGCUUUUUCUGCCAGCGACCAUCGACAUGAACCCACAGCCACUUGCCCUUUUGCCUGAUCCGAACCGCUCAAAAAGGAAACCACUAGGGAGCGGGCGGGCGAUAGAAAGUCAGCGAGGACGUGCCGGAGCUAGCAACGCCACCGCCGGCCGAGCUAAGGCAAAAGCUGCUACAGGUGGCGGGUCAGGAGCCCCCCAUCUCGCGCCCGCUGGAGCGGGGACAGGCCCAGAGACAAAGAGUGUGUCUCCAGGCUUAGGCGGUAGCCGAGAAACGAGUGGCGGCGCAGCAGGAAGGAGUGUAGUUUCUGCCGCCGGGGGAGCUCCGCGGGCUAAAACACGCGGCGAAAAGGCAGAUGGUGCCAGACCGGAGAGCGCAGAAGAAAGCGUGCAAACCCCAACGCUAACGGUUUACCCCCCCGGCCGUCGCUGGGAAAUGAUGCUCAUUCCGUCCGAAGCGGAGCGGACUGCAGGCCGCACUCCCCUCACCACGGAAAAACACGAAAAAAAGGUCACUUGGCUGAUUGAGCAUGCUGCCCCCCACGUUAUUGAGUCUGAUGGCUUCCGAAAAGCACGUUUCUCCCUAGUCUCUAUGAAUUGCCCGUACUCCCCUGUCAGUGUCAGCGAGUCAUCACCUCUUGGGUGGUCUCUGGCGGUGCCAGUCCGCUACCGUUCCCGCGGUCACCUCCAUAUUCGCGCAAGUGCAGUGUUCGUGCGAUGA